CGUUAUUCGCCAAUUCUUGCGUUGUUUUACAAUCAUUAGAAUAUACGUCUUGUUUGAGAAAACCCAUCGCGCACCAAUUGAAAAGGACACCAAGGAUUUUGGAAGACAGCCAAGGAUGACAGAAACGGCGAACCUCCGCAAUGAGGAUUUCCGGAAGCUGCUCAGCGCACCGAAAAAACCAGCCGCUGAGACUGCAGCUGCUGAAACUUCUCAUUCUUUUACCCAUCGACAUCAGCCAAAAUCCGAUAAGAAAAGAGGAGGAGGUGGUCAUAAGCAUAAAAAGGAAAAGAGUGAAUUCAAUGAAGAGGAAUCGAACUUGAAAGAAAUUAUGAAGAAUUAUCGGGAUCGCGCCCUCGAACGUCGGCUGAAGGGAAACGAUGAUAAUGAUGAGAUAGUCAAAUUAGCGGCGGCUUAUCGUGCAAUGCCUGGAGAUGCACGUGCAGUUACUGAUAAAGCAAAUUUGAGGAGGCAAGUUAUUGAGGAGUCAAAGUACCUUGGAGGAGAUAUGGAGCAUACUCACUUAGUAAAAGGUCUUGAUUAUUCACUGCUUAACAAAGUACGAAGUGAGAUCAACAAAUCGCAAGCGGAAGUCGAGGCUGAGGAUGAGCUAGAAAUGGCCUAUGAUCAAAAAGGUGUAGAAGCAGUAGAAAAGAUGUCAGAUAAUAAAAUGGUCAGAGGAAUCCAUCGAAUCUUGUUCAAAAACGAGCUACCAGCACGGAACGAAUUAUUUGGCAAGGGUCGAAUGGCGUAUGUUGUUGACAUGGAAGAUGAAGAAGCUGAAAUUCCUACAACUCUACUCCGGUCAUUGCACGAUUGUCCAAAAGCUGAAUCUAACGCUAACAUCAACGCCAACAACAUGUUGAUAUCAAAGCUGACCCAGGUGCUCUCAUAUCUCCGCUCUGAUCAUAAAAAGAAGAAGAAGCCUGAUAUGACGGACGAGGAGGUGAAGAAGUAUCAGUCUCAGAGCAUUUACGAGAACGAGGGUGAAUAUGCGCCGAAAAGGGAUAAGGAUCGGGAUCGCAAAGAUAAGGACAGGGAUCAGAGAAAAGAUCGCAACUAUUUCGACGCAAAGGAUGAUCGCGCCAAGAGAGAUGACCGAGAUAGGAGGGAUAGAGAUCGCGAUAGGCGUGGCGGCCGUGAUUUUGAUCGCCGCGAUCGUGAUCGUGACAGAGAGCGCGAUCGCGAACGUGAUCGCGAAAAGGAGCGUGAACGCGAAAAGGAACGCAAAGAGAGGGAAGAGCGAGAUAAAGAAAAACGAUUAGAGGAGAAAAUAGAGAAAAGAAGAAAGGAGGCUGAGAUGGGAGGCUACGAUGAGUGCUAUCCUGGUGGAAUGGCUGAAUUGGGCGGAGGUUGGGAUUCUGAUGAAGAAGACCUGACUAUGAUGGAUAUGGGGUCAAAGAAAUCCACCAUUAAGCGAUGGGAAUUUGACAACGACGACGAUUAUGAAAAAUUCCAGGGCUCGCGAGAAGCUAUGCCAAAAGCUGCUUAUCAGUAUGGUGUCAAGACAGGUGAUGGAAGGAAGACGAGAAAGAGUGUGGAUGUAAACAAGAAAAUCGAUAAAGAGCUAAAUCAGAUCAAUAAAUUGAUUGAAAAACGGAAGAGCGGGCUAGAAGAUGACAGGGACUACAAACGUCCGAAGUUUUGAGGAACAACCUUUUCAGCAUGUAUUUUUUGACGUGAACACAUACACUGUUUGCAAGUUAUUUUGGUCCCUUUAUGAAUAUAAAUAAAGACGUAUAGC